AUGGCUAGCCAAUUGGCCCUCCAACGACUCAAGAAUCUCCUCAGUGAGAAGGGAGAGCUGGACGAUGUGGCUGCUGCCAAAAUUGAGAAGUUGACGGCUGAGUUAGAAAAACCUGGUGAUUUUAACCCAGUUCAAAGAAUUGUAGAUGGCUUCAUCCACUUCAGGAUCAACAAAUUCGAAAAAUAUCCAGACUGUUUCAAUGAGCUUGCUGAAGGACAGAGCCCCAAGUUUCUGGUAUUUGCAUGCUCGGACUCCCGAGUAAGCCCCUCACAUAUCCUUAAUUUCCAACCUGGGGAGGCCUUCAUGGUUCGCAACAUUGCUAACAUGGUUCCUGCUUUUAACCAGCUAAAAUACGUAGGAGUUGGAGCGACCAUUGAAUAUGCUAUAACAGCACUUGGGGUAGAAAACAUUUUGGUCAUUGGACACAGUCGUUGUGGAGGGAUCAAGAGGCUUAUGACUCAUCCGGAGGAUGGUUCUAUUCCCUUUGACUUCAUAGAUGAAUGGGUUAAAAUUGGUCUACCAGCCAAGGCUAAGGUUAUAGCAAAUGGACUGGGUGGGCAUGAUAUUGAUGAACAAUGUGAAGCUUGUGCAAGGGAAUCAGUAAAUUUAUCACUGGUAAACCUGCAAAGUUAUCCAUACGUUCAAAAGGCGAUUUCUGACAGAAAGCUAGCACUCCGGGGUGGUUACUAUGACUUUGUCCAUGGAGUUUUCGAGCUCUGGGAGCUUGAAUCACACAUUUCACCCCCCAUCAUUAUACCAGCACCUUAA